AUGGCGCGCGUUCCCGACGCGAGCGCGGACGGCGAGCCCGCGCCCGGCACGAGCGCGGAGCCGCUGCCGUACUACGGCGAGGACGACGAACCCGCGCCGCCGUCGUCGCGGCUGUGCGUGAAGAACAUCCCGAAGCACCUGACGCGCGACCGCCUCAGGGAGCACUUCGCGGAGCGCGGCGAGGUCACGGACGUGAAGAUCCUGAAGACGAGCGACGGCAAAUCGCGAUGCAUGGCGUUCGUCGGGUUCAAGACCGAGGCCGACGCGACGAAAGCGCUGGAGUACUUCGACAACACGUUCGUGGACACGUCCAAGAUUGCGGUCGAGUACGCGCGCGCGAUGAAGUCCUCGGCGCUCCCGCGGCCGUGGAGCAGACACUCGGAGGGGUCCUCCGCGCACGCCAAGGCGACGAAACCGAAGCCGGACGCGAAAGCGCCGCCGGAGGCAGACCCGGACCGGUUCAUAGGCGUCAGAGAGCUGAAGAAGAUGAAGAAGGCGAAGCAGAGGGAGUACGAGGCGGAGCUCGACAGACAGAUCGCGGAGGAUCCGAAGCUCGCCGAGUUCAUGCGUCUGAUGAUGCCGCGGAGUAAGCAGAAGUUGUGGGAUAACCAAGACGCCGGGAUGCACUUGGAUUCCGCGGUCGUCGCCGGGGAGGACGACGGCGGCGCGGGAUUCGAGGACGGCGGCGAGAGCGACGACGAUUACCAGGACGUCGAGUCCGAGUCAGAGUCAGAGUCAGAAGAAGACGACGACGACGACGAUCUCAGCGGUGAAGAGGACGAGGACGCGGAGGUGGACGCGAUCGCCGCGGACGACGCGGUGUCGGACAUGGACUACCUGAAAAAACGCGCGAAAGUCGGGAGCUUCAGCGACAGCGAAGACGUCUCGGACGACGACGACGACGACGAGGAUGAGUCCAUGGACGACGAGGAUAGCGACGACGACGACAGCGACGACGACGACAGCGACGCCGACGCCGACGCCGACGCCGAUGCCGACGCCGAUGGCGACGACGACGACGGGAAGAAGAAGGCGUCCCCGGAGGAGCCGGAGGUUGUCGACUUCCGAGCGCCGAAACCGUCCAGGGUGGAAGAAGUCACCGCGGACGACAUGGAAGCCGUCGCGGAGACCGGGCGCUUAUUCGUCCGCAACCUGCCGUUCACGGCGACGGAAGAGGAGGUCGCGGCGCACUUCGCGAAGCACGGCGCGCUGACCGCGGUGCACGUCAUCGUGGACCGAACGACGCGCGCGUCGAAAGGGUUAGCCUACAUCACGUACGCGCUGCCGGAAAACGCGACGACGGCGAUGCGAGAGAUGGACGGCAGCAUCUUCCAAGGACGGCUGAUUCACUUGCUCCCGGCGAAGCACGGCAUCGCGGGCGCGGACGGCGCCGGGUCGCGGGGGGGGUCGGAGGCGGAGAGAGAAGCCGGGUUCAAAAAAGACCGCGAGGCGAGGCUAAAGUCAGACGCGUCCACCAACCGCGCGGCGUGGAACUCGCUGUUCAUGCGCCAGGAUACCGUCGCCGCGGCCGUCGCGGCGAAAUACGGCGUCAAGAAAGCGGACUUGCUCGAGUCUGGCGCGGACGACGUCGCCGUUCGAAUGGCGUUGGGCGAAGCGCAAGUCAUCGCGAGCACGAAGGAACAGCUCUCCGCCGCGGGCGUGGACGCCUCCGCGCUCGAAGCUGCCGCCGCGAGCGGCGGAAGCAACGUCGGGAAGGGCGUCAAGGGCGUCAAGCGCAGCGGCACCGCGAUCCUCCUGAAGAACUUGCCGUACGAGGGCGACAAAGGGGAGCUGCGCGGGAUGUGCGAAAGGUUUGGCGGCGUGUCGAGGUUCGUGCUUCCGGACACGAAGACCAUCGCCGUGUGCGAGUGGCUCGAGCCCCCGGACGCGAGGAAGGCGUUUAAGGGGCUCGCGUACAAGCGGUACAAGCACGUGCCGAUAUACGUCGAGUGGGCGCCAGAGGGCAUCUUCAGGGACGACGCGCCGAAGGGCGGCCCCGCGGGGGGACCCGCGAAGACGCCGAGGGCGGCGGCGCCCGCCGACGACGGCGGCGGCGGCGGCGGCGAGGGCGACGGCGACGGCGACGUCGCCGUCGCGGACGAGGACGUCGCGAAACUCUUCGUCAAGGGCCUCUCUUUCCAAACCUCGGACGCGGCGCUCCGGGCGCACUUCUUGCGCGCCGCCUCCGCCGCCGGCGGCAGGGUCCUCGCGGCCACGGUGGCGACGCAACGCGGCCCCGGCGGCGCGACAUUGAGCCGCGGGUUCGGGUUCGUCGAGCUCGACUCCCCCGGGACCGCGCGGUCGGUUCGUCGCGCGAUGCAAGGGAAAACACUCGAGGGACGGGCGUUGAAGAUCGAGAUGAGCGCCGGCGGCGCGAGCGGCGGCGACGGCGGCGACGGCGGCGACGCGAAGGUUCCGAAAGGCUUCAGCGCGACGAAGAUUGUCGUCCGCAACGUCGCUUUCGAGGCGACGAAGCGCGACAUCCAGAAGCUCUUCAACCCGUUCGGCGCGCUCAAGUCCUGCCGCCUCCCUAAAAAGUUCGACGGCAACCAUCGCGGGUUCGCGUUCGUAGAGUUGAGCACGAAACGAGAGGCGACGAGCGCGUUGGAGGCGCUGCGAGGGACGCACUUGUACGGACGCAAGCUCGUCAUCGAACGCGCGGCUGAGGGGGACGACGUGGAGACGACGCGGGAGAAGACCGCGGCGCACUUCGAGAACGCGGAGGCGGGGAGGAGCGCCGCGGAGGGGGAGCCGAUCGUGAAGCGCGCGAGAAAGGCGAGGCGCCAGGAGUGA